AUGCUGCUCGUUUUGGAAGAUGAGCACAAAAAACACUUGUCCUUUCUGCCCUCGGUAGACAUAGCAGUUGUGAAAGAGUUUUGUAGAAUCAGUAUGGAAUUCAUCAGAAAAGGAACGAACCCUAAAGUCUACACUUCUGCUGCACAGAAAUUAGGGGUCGAGGCUAAUUCAGUUCAAAAUGGCGUGGAAGGUUUGAUGUAUUUAUUAACAGAGGCUUCAAAAUUAUUGCUAAGUGAAAUAGAUUAUCAAGAUAGUAUUAUGGUGCUAGGUUUCAGUGAAGAAUUACGAAGCAUGUUAUUAGAGUUAUAUAUAGAACAUAGUGGUGAAAUAAGAACUAUUUUAUCAGAAUUAUCAAUGGAUUUGCCACAUUACCACAAUCUAGAGUGGCGAUUCGACGUUCAGUUGGCCAGCAGAUCUUUGAGAAGGCAGAUAACUCCACAAGUACUGUUUAAACUACAUACAGAAACCUACGGGGAGAGAAAAACCCAAGUUUUACAGACUGACCCUGUUAAUUUAGUCCAUUUAACGAAAGUUUUAGACGAAGCACUCCAAGAAAUGAAGUCACCGUAUUGUCGUAGAAUAGUCAGAAAUAUCAAAUGAUGAUUUUUAUUUAUUUUGUUGUAUAUUUUUGUAAUAAAUUGUUGCUUUAUAA